CCAUUAAUCAACCAAUUCUAUGACGAUGUCUAUAUUCAAUCCUGAUUCCAUCAAUAACGAGCUAUCAAAACCAACAUCGAUCUUUGGUCUAAAGCUUUGGGUCGUCAUCGGAAUUUUACUAGGAUCUCUUAUAGUCAUCGCUCUCUUCUUUCUCUCCCUUUGUUUAACCUCUCGCCGGAGAAACCGUAAGCCACGUCACGCCGAUUUCGCAUCCGCCGCAGUAGCAACGCCGCCGAUUUCAAAGGAGAUUCAGGAGAUCGUUAGACCUCCGGCGCAAGACCAUUACCAUCCGACGCAGCCCGUUGCGGCGGAGAUCCAAGUCGAUAUAGGGAAGAUCGAGCACCGUGUUGUGUUCUCGGAUCGAGUCUCGAGUGGUGAAAGCAGAGGAACAGUGAGUGCUAGUGAAACGGCGUCGUAUUCAGGUAGUGGUUGUGUUGGACCUGAGGUUUCGCAUCUUGGUUGGGGAAGAUGGUAUACUCUUAGAGAGCUUGAAGCGGCCACGAAUGGAUUGUGUGAAGAGAAUGUGAUCGGAGAAGGAGGUUAUGGGAUUGUUUAUAGUGGGAUUUUAACUGAUGGAACUAAAGUCGCUGUCAAGAAUCUGCUUAACAAUAGGGGUCAAGCUGAGAAGGAGUUUAGAGUGGAAGUGGAAGCUAUCGGGCGUGUAAGGCAUAAGAAUCUUGUUAGGCUUUUAGGAUACUGCGUCGAAGGUGCAUACAGGAUGCUUGUGUAUGACUACGUCGAUAAUGGCAACUUGGAGCAAUGGAUUCAUGGUGAUGUUGGUGACAAAAGUCCUCUGACUUGGGAUAUUCGUAUGAACAUAAUACUUUGCAUGGCGAAAGGCUUGGCGUAUCUACAUGAGGGUCUUGAACCGAAAGUCGUUCAUCGGGACAUAAAAUCUAGUAAUAUUUUGCUUGAUCGUCAAUGGAAUGCUAAAGUAUCAGAUUUCGGACUCGCUAAGCUGUUGUUCUCUGAGAGCAGUUACGUCACAACCCGUGUAAUGGGGACUUUUGGAUAUGUUGCACCUGAGUAUGCUUGCACGGGAAUGCUGACAGAAAAGAGUGAUAUCUAUAGUUUUGGGAUAUUAGUCAUGGAGAUUAUUACCGGAAGAAACCCUGUCGAUUAUAGUAGACCUCAAGGAGAGGUGAAUUUGGUUGAGUGGCUGAAAACAAUGGUUGGAAACCGAAGGUCUGAGGAAGUAGUCGAUCCAAAAAUACCCGAACCGCCAACUUCAAAAGCUCUUAAACGUGUGUUGCUCGUCGCGCUGCGAUGUGUGGAUCCGGACGCAAAUAAGAGACCUAAAAUGGGUCAUAUUAUACACAUGCUUGAAGCAGAAGAUUUGUUCUAUCGUGACGAACGACGAGCCACGAGGGAGCAUGCAAGCCGUGAUUAUAAACAGCCACAGACUGAAGUUUCUGCAGCUGCAGCUGCAGCUGAGACGAGCGAAAGUGACAGUUCAAAAGACCGAAGAUAAAGGAUGUAUGAAGAGACGCACUGAAAAUUUUCUGACCAUUAGUAUUUCAAUUCUUGUUGUUUAAAUCAAUUUUUAUGUGACAU